AUGGACCCCGGAACCCUCAAUGAUUCAAGAACCUCAGAGUUCCUGCUGCUGGGGCUGUGGGCCCCACCUUCCUUGCGUCCCCUGCUAUGGGCCUCACUCCUCUUGGCCUACCUAGCCACGGUGUUGGGCAAUGGUGCCCUAGUAGGACUGAUAACCCUGGACAGACGACUGCAUCGGCCCAUGUACCGUCUGCUUACCCACCUGGCCCUGUUGGACACAGCCUAUGUGAGCACCACGCUGCCGCAGGCACUGGUACACAUGGCUGUACGCCGUGCUCGCCUCUCCCUGGCGCGCUGUGGCGCGCAGCUGUACGUGGGCAUCUCCCUGGGCAGCUGCGAGGCCAUCCUCUUGGCUGCGAUGGCUCUGGACCGCUGCCUGGCUGUGUGCAGACCCCUGCAUUAUGCGACCCUGGUGACUGCACCCCGCUGUGCAGCGCUGGCUGGAGCAUCCUGGACACUGGGCUUUGUGUUGUCUGUGCCUAACGCGGUGGCUGCACUGCGGCUUCCCUUCUGUCCCGGGAGGCCAGCGGUGGACCACUUCUUCUGCGAGCUGCCUGCGGUGCUGAGGACAGCGUGUGCGGAUACCACAGCCAACUUCCGGCUGAUCUAUGGCCUGGGCGUGCCCAUCCUCCUGGUACCCUUGGUCCUUAUCCUAGCCUCCUACGCUUGGAUUCUGGCUACGGUGCGCAAGUUGCCUUCGGCUGGGAGUCGUAGCAAGGCCCUGUCUACCUGCAGCUCACACUUGGCGGUGGUGGGGCUCUUCUAUGGCACAGUGAGUGCCAUGUACCUCCGGCCCCAAGCCUCUCGUGCUCUCCCCUCUAGACACCAUAAACUGGUGGCGGUUUUCUACCUGGUGGUCACACCUGUUCUCAAUCCACUCAUCUAUAGCCUUCGAAACCGCGAGGUCCACAUGGCAGCCCGCUAUGCUCUGGCCCGGCUGCGGGGGACGCGCACUGUGUUGCGCUAA